AGAGCGAUUUUGAUCCGCAAAGAAGAUGUCUUCAGGAGUUGGUGUUGAUCAAAAUGUCAUCGAUGCUUUUAACGACACCAAGUUAAAAAAAAGGCAUGCAUACGUGGUGAUGAAGAUAAGAGACAAAAAGAAGAUAGUCGUGGAUCGCUUGGGUGAUAAACUUCCUCAGAACUGUACACAGUCUAGGAAUGAAGACAUUUUUAACGACAUGAAGAGGAAGUUCGGCAACGAGCCGCGUUACAUCCUGUUCGACUUCUGUUAUACCAGACCAAACCAGUCCGUAGCACAGAAAUUGGUGUUUAUUUCUUGGUGCAGCGAUGAAGUAAGUGUUGGCGAGAAGAUGAUCUACGCGAGCUCAAAAGAUGCCCUGAAGAAAUGCUUCACCGGCCUAACUACCGAGUUCCAAUGUACAGACCCCACAGAGUUCCAGCACUCAGAGCUGGUAAAGGAAUUGAUUCAUAAAGACAGGGUAUAAACGUCUAAAGACGUCAAAACAUCAUUCCUGACUUAUCGGUUCAACUUUGUCGAAAGGACUUGUUAAGAACACUCUUUGCUACAGUUUAAAGGCUGGAAUUGACCUUACAAAAUGUUUUCGCAUGUCAUUAAUCAGACCUAGUUAUUUUCUUCUGUUCUAUCUUACUGCAUAACGAUCAAGACAAGAAAUUUUUACCCUCUGUGCUUGUCAGAAGUCUUGUUUCACGAUCUGUAAGACACGAAUAAACUGUAGCCUGGUUAAAUUAUAUUCUCUGUCUUUUUAUUCCAAGUAGUCCACAGAGGGUGGAACUAGUUUGCAGGGUCCUUACCACAAGUAGACAGACCGCCAGUUAAGUCUCGUGCACUGAGAAAAUCACAUCUGCAUGGUUUCUCUCAUUUUUUUUUCUAAUAGCAAGGGAUUCAUGGUAGGUGAGCCCUUUUUUAUGUCAGGUCCUUAAAUAACACAAAAUCUUUUUCGACCUAAUUUUAAGCGAGUAGUAAAGAGCUAGGGUAAAGUUGCAGGGCCAUGCAUACUGCUCUGAGCACAUCUCUGAACACCUGUGCUUUUAGCUCUUUUUGAAUAGGAUGUGAAACUGAUCGAUUUUCAAUGUUCUCCUCUUAUUCUUAGGGCUAGGGUUAACCCCUACGGAUGCGAGUGAGAAAAUGGCAAACGGCGAAAUAUUUCUCUUCCUUCUUUUACCCAUUGUUGUCCCCAGUGGUUGAGUCGAGUGGUUCUGGACUCCCUCGAAAAAAUUGAACUUUUUCAUAGGUUGACGAAAAAUGAAUGCGCAACAGAAAUGCAAAUUACAAAGCAAUACACGCCUUCCGUUUCACUGACCAAGUGACCAAAAGCCGAAACAGAGGCUUUGGGACGAGAAUGUCUUUUACCGCUUCCUGUUGCGAAGGCCGCAUGCUCAAUCCUUUCUAGGAAAAAAAGAUGGCGGCUGUACAUUUUAGCACAAUACCUUGCGAACUUAACACGGCCCAUAGGGCACAACGGAAGCCAUAUUUUUGCAAUAUUUCUCCCUGUGCUAACGCCAUUGUGCAUACUAGAUUUGAAGAUUUUAAAACUUUUCUAUAUUUUUUUUUAGGAGCGUUGUUACGGUUUUCGUGUACUAAAAUCAUGUUUGAAUGUGCCAGUCGCCAUUUUUUUCCUUGUGCUUUCGUCUAUAUGUCGAAAUACGAAAAUUUAUUGAGAUUGCGUGACAUCGAAGAUGAGAGACCCUGAGAACGAGGUUGU